CAUGGGACUUUACUGUAUUGGACUGUGUGUAUGUGUAUAUGUAUAUUUUGUAGUGAGCAACACAAAAUGCGACCUGAAUGGAAAAUUAGGCAGAAUUCAAUAUUUCUGGUGAUUUCUGUUUAUGAAUACUUUUAUUUCCAUGAAAUUAUCCAAGUUGGUGUUCUUCUUAUCCAUUACGAGGCACUGCAGGAUGCGGGAGCAACAACCAAUAUUGGCAUUGUUUUUCUGUUAUUGGGAAGAAUAUUGACGUCACGUACUGUAGGUAUAUGCCGUUCACUUUUAGAGUUAAACAACAUAAUGGACCAAAAUGGAGAUAUCUCACAACGGUAUCGAAAAGUAAUCCAGCCGAGAUUUUCUACGAAGUUGUUUUUUGUGUUGCAUAUGAUGUCAUGUAUUUUACCCCAAGUCUGGAACGUCGAGAUUAACAUACCCGAAAAGAAGCUACACGAAAUGAUGAAUAAGGAUGAAUUAAGAAGAACGUUUGAUGUUGAGGAGCACACCGAAGUUCCAGAGUAUCAAGUCAUACAUGUACGUAUGCGCCAUAGGCUUGGUGAAAGGAGUAUGGACGAAAAUUAUAUUGAAUAUCGAACCUAUGUAUUUGGGCAGCAAGUAGGGUUGACGUUAAAAUUAAAUAACCAUUUAUUAUCGCCUAAUUUUACCGCUGUGGAAUCAACCGAAACUUCACAAGAGAAGUUAGCUCGUCCUUCCAAGAACUGCCACUACCAUGGACGAAAUAAUACUAUACUGGCUGCAUUUAGCUACUGUAGGGGCGACGUCGGUAUGCUAGAAGCUCUGUUCUGCCAACCAUUCCUUGACAGUGAACUUCAUAUUACUUUGGUUCACCUGAACAUCAUGAAGGAACUUCCACAAGAUUUCCAAGUAUGCAGUAAUGAACGAUACUGCUUUCUUCAACGGUUCUGUAUGUAUCAAAUGUUAAAAAAUCCAAGUGGAGACAGCAACCCUAACCAUUGGGACAUGGCUCUUUACCUAUCUGGUCUAGGUCUUUAUCACGAUGGAUGGCCUUCUAACGUUAGAUGCAAUAAAAACGGAUUCAUAAUGUCUCCCAGCCGUGCCUCUAAAGGAGAAACAACUUGGUCAACCUGUAGCCGAGCAUUACUGAAAUCUCUAAGCAAGUCUUGUUUGAAAGAUCAUCAAAUAAAGGAAGACGACAAUAAUCCAACAGAACUCCCUCCGGGUCAGGUUUGGGAUGUGUACGAGCAGUGUAAGUUUUACAUCAAAGAUGAAGACGCCACACUGUACAAUCCUGAAACAAUUAACGAGGUUUGUAACGGGAUACUCUGUAAAUCUCCUAACUUGAUUGGAAACUACGAGGCUGGUCCUGCAUUGGAAGGAACGUACUGUGGAAAAAAAAAUUGGUGUAAGAAUGGGCAGUGUGUGCCUUGGGGUAACGAAUCACUAGAAGUUGUGGAAGGUGGCUGGAGCGACUGGGAGAAUGGUCACUGCAAAUCAGGAUGCUUAGAGAACUCCAGAGGCUUUCGUGAAGAUCGACGCUACUGUACUAAUCCAAAACCUAAAAAUACGGAGGCACGAUGUGUUGGAGAGCCAAGGAGAAUUCGAUUUUGCGACGACAGUGACAUAUGUCACACAAAAAUUCAUCCUGUCAAGUAUGCCAGCAAAAAGUGCGAAGAAUUCUCCACCAUCCUGAAUAAAUUAACGAAUAACGGUGUACAAGCUCGUCAUAAUAAUAACAUAAAGUGGCAAGCAUGUGCAAUAUUUUGCAAACAAACAACAGGAACCUGGUACACUCCUUCGUUUGAACUUAACAACAUGGAUAUUGACACGUUUUUCCCUGAGGGAACAUGGUGUCAUAACGACGGUACUCAUGAUUAUUUCUGUCAAAAUCGAGAAUGUAAGCCCUCCGUCAGAGGACGCUCCCUCUUCCAAGAAGAAGAAGCUAGUGAAUUUGAAAUCCCAGUUACAGACAAUGUUAACUCUUUUUAUGAGAUCGAAGAUAACGAUGACUAUGUAGAUUUUCAAGAUAACAAUUCAACUAUCCCUCCCAUGACUACUGGCAGUCUCUGACUGACGGCAGAAAUAUUCAAUUGAUCGCUGUGCUGAAAUAUGUAUUAUUUGAAUAUUACGGGAAAUGGCAAACAGAACGAAACUGUAAUUUAUUGCUUAUUUU